GCGUGCCCACACCUUAACUGUGCUGUUCAUCCUCACCUGUUCACUGGGCUAUGUGACUCUCCUGGAAGAAACCCCUCAGGAUACAGCCUACAACACUAAGAGAGGUAUUGUGGCCAGUAUUUUGGUUUUCUUAUGUUUUGGAGUCACACAAGCCAAAGACGGGCCGUUUUCCAGACCUCAUCCAGCUUACUGGCGGUUUUGGCUGUGUGUUAGUGUGGUCUACGAGUUGUUUCUCAUCUUCAUCCUCUUCCAGACAGUCCAGGAUGGCCGGCAGUUUCUGAAGUAUGUGGAUCCCAGGCUGGGAGUCCCGUUGCCAGAGAGGGACUACGGGGGCAACUGCCUCAUCUAUGAUGCUGACAACAAGACUGACCCCUUCCACAACAUCUGGGACAAGCUGGAUGGCUUUGUUCCUGCACACUUCAUUGGCUGGUAUCUGAAGACCCUCAUGAUCCGCGACUGGUGGAUGUGCAUGAUCAUCAGUGUGAUGUUCGAGUUCCUGGAGUACAGCCUGGAGCACCAGCUGCCCAACUUCAGCGA